UCUGUAAUUAGCUGCUCAUUGAACGAUCUGCAUUCACUAGGCGGAUAUUUUAGUAUCGACGCAUGUUAUGUUGAUCCCGAUUGAUCCAGAUUAGCUUCAGUGAAAGCGAAUGGACAUCAGAUAAGGUCCGUCGAUGCCGAUGGGUCAGUUGUUGUCAUCUUCAUGAGAAUCCGAGUAUAGCCUUUUUCCUACCGUGGUCUUCCAUUUGGCAUAAAAACCACGCCAUACCAAAGCCAAAGCGCAAAUCCUCCAUGAUGAUGUUGUCGUACAUUAUUGCAGGCAACAAGGUGAAGACGGAUUUUAUCUAUUCGUAUUUUACUUCAUCUUCAUGGAAGAUAUUGAGGUCCCUUUGCCUACUUUGUAGAUUAGACAUUCAUAAAGUAGAGAAAGCACUUGGAUUUGUUGUUUCAUUUAUCAUUCUAGUUUUUUUUCCCGCCAACGCGUCGCCGUGAAGUGGAAGUAGUGCAGCCUAACUAGUACGACGUAAAAGAAUGUCGAAGGGCAAGCAAAAAGAAAAGAUGAAGGGCGGGAAAGUCAUCGCGUCCAGUAAUGCCGCUAUUCCUGGAAAGAAUCUGCAAGGUAAGGGUUCUCCACCUUUAGGAAAAUGGAACUGCCUCAUUAUCUAUGUAGCGAAUUUGGGUGCUUCGAUGCCCCAAGGAGGUCCAGGUAUCGAAGCGCAAGGGUGUUAGACAGAAUUUAUAAACUUGUCGUGACGAUGAAAUAGUGUUUGUGUUUCGACGUCGAUAUAUGUGAACUCUUCCAGGUACAGGCGUUUCUGAAAAAGGCAAAAGUCACGACUGGAUGAAGGGCAGCAAAGACAAGGCUCCGGCACAGGGCCCGCAUUCAAAAGGCGCGGCGAAAGGAAACCUUCAGGAGCACGGUAUUCACGGUGGAGGUGGGGCUGGACAAUACAGCCUCAAGCGGAACGCAUCGUGUUCGUUUUCUGCUGACGGCGGCUCCGGUGCCCCUCCGACUAAAAGGCAACGCCCCGACGAACCUGAGUAUCAGAUCCAAGCGGUUCAUGUCGCUGACGACGUGAAGGUGCAGGCGGUAUCGCUGAAAACCAUCGAGGCGGCGCCUGUGGAUCAGCCGCAUCGGCGUACUCACGAAGGUAUCGAUCAAUAUCGCUAAACAUUUCAUCUUAGCGUGAUAGCAUCGAAUGCAAAUGCCGGGAGAAAAAUUCGAAAAAUUAUAGAAACAAAUUGCAAACAGGCAGGGUGCUAGUCGGCAAUUCGUACUUCAGGGAACCGGAUAAGCGGGCCGAGCGACCGAAUGCGCAGCGGGACACGCCACUCCUCGAGAAGGUAACGGAGGUAGUCCGUCGCGAACAAAACUCUAUUGUGCUUGAGACGGUUCAAGAUUUCGGGAGGCCCCCGCAUGAUGGAGCGAGCGUGAUGUUGGUGGCCGGACUUGUGUCCCCCCGUGGCAAACCGGACGGGACUCUGGCGCUCCUCGUUAGCGACAAGAGGACGGUGACGAAGGGAGAUGUCCUUUCUGUGGGCUAUGGUGAAACCGCUAAGGAUUGCCCAAAGUGCGUAGUUGUGAUCAAGCUGGUCAAGCGCUGCCUCGCACUGUCGCAGGCAGUUCCGGUUUUUCAGGGUGCGGAAAAGGUUGCUGAGCUGCGCUACGAACAGCGCGGGAAAGGUAUGUUGAUAUUUCCAGUUGUAUGCUUGUUGUUCAUGACGAUGUCGAGUAAUCUGUUCGGAGAAAGCAUAGCAAGACACUGUUGCUGAGGCUGUAGCUAGAGAAAUGACUGUCCUAUGUAUGUACUUCACAAUAAAAAAUAUAAAGUCGUAGUUUCCACGACCAUUUUGAUGUCCAUCCAGGUGCCAUGGUGCUGCUGCGGAACGCAAAAUUUGUGGUCGAUAAUCUUCUGUUGGCUCAUGGUCAGGAAAACGACGCCGGAAAGCGCGACAUGUUCCUGACCUUGUGUGCCGCGGAAGCAAAAAAUGCAAGCAUGAACAGUGGCGAGUUUUCGUUUUGCGUAGACAUCGACGAUAUACUUUCUCGAUUGGAAAAGAACCUGAACGACGCCAAGCUGCAGGCGACGCCCCGAAGGAUGGAGGUUCGCUUCCACAGCGAGUUCGAGGCAGCCAAGGUUCGGGAGCACUACAACAUGCAACGCAGCCAUUCCCCAGGGGAGGGGAUUUAUGAGGUGGUGGGACACCAGCUGCAGAGUGAUAGUUGGUGCCAUGAAAAGAUGCAAGCGACCUGUGUUUUGGGGAUUGACCCGUCGUCCGCUCCUGGGUGGACUUACCGCCGGAAAUACCUGGAGCUGGCAGACUGGAAACUCGACCGCGAGACGGACAACGGUGCUGACACACACGUGGUGCAUCUACUCAGUAUUGGACUUUAUCGCUUCAGUUUCUUAGAUAUCCCUUGCUUUCGAUGCUUUCCAUGUGACUAGCUAUUCAGCCUACUGACCUAGGAUGAAAUCCGCAACUUUGCCUGCACUGCUCUCAUCGUGGAGUAAUUCACCAGCAUCAAAAACGCAACAGAAUGCCAGUCCAGCCAGCCGGUCGAAUACAGGGACCGCGACAAACCAAGGAGGAAGAACAAGAAUGCACUGCAAGGUUAACCGCACGAAUUAGACUGUCUGUGACAGUCCCUGAUGAUGGCCUCACAAGGUCCCAGCAUCUUACAUUUCAACAGCUCCACAAAACGAAUCGUUUUUGUAGUCCAUAUCCAUAAAUUACUAAUAAAUUUACAAUUGUAAACUACUUUUACACAGUCUGCAACGAGGACGGUAAACGCUAUCCUGCAGCAAGUCAUCACUUUUUCGUUUUAGUCGACACCAUUCCACCUCGUUUUUCUCAAUAGAUUUUGCGCUGAUUCUGUCGUCGACAGGAGAAGCGAUUCAGCAGUACAUUCCUACUAAAAGUAUGUUUGUUACUGUUUUUUCUACGCACUACAGAACGUCGUAGAUGUAGCUGUAGUGCGCUUCAAGCGAUUUUCACACACUUUGUGUGCUGAGUACAUCGUCUUGCGAACGUUGUUGGUAACUUAGUUCCAUCUAGUUUCGCGGCUAGAUGAGAUAAUAUUAGUCUAUGGCCAAUAUGAUCUAUCUAUUCCAUGCACCAGGAGGAGUGCACCUUAGGUGUGACCCCCUGUGCUAAAAUCCCAUCUAAAACAAGAAAAAUCGAAGUAGCUGUCGACUUGAUGUGAAAAAACCUUGUCAAUGUGUAUUGUCUCUUUACAACAAAAGAAUAUCAAUAUGUAUAAACUCAUGGUUUCUACCUACUAUUCUGCUUCUGGUUUUUCAUCUAUCAAACGUUAUUACUUCGAUUGAGUGAAGAACGGGAAAAGUUCGCCACGGUCCGAUCGCGUCUCGCUGCCGGUGCGAUCGCAAAUAUGUAGAGUAUUUUCGAUCGGACUGGUAGGCGCCCCUGCGAGUGGUGUGGACGAAACCGGAAAACAUAGGUAGAAAACAACUAUCCGUUUCUCUACGUAUUUCAUAAGCAGAAAAUGAAAAAAAUUUAGAAACUUCUGACCGAAAGAAAACAAAAGUGAUAAGGAAAACACCGCCUUCCUCGCGCAACUUGGGGUCACAUCAUCACCUGCUGACUCUCGAUAGUCGGUGGCAGGAGACGGACUGCUUCGCGCGACGGAUCGGGUGCGACUAUUUUUUUUACGCAAGUUUUUCUGAUAUUAUUAAGAGCCUUCUGCUUCUACUUUCUGCGACUACAUUGUAAAUCGCGUUGAUUCUCAGCUUAGGGCUUUCUUGCUACUGUGCGGAUGUAGACGAAGUCGAGUUGAAGCCAGUAGUUACAGAGAGUCAGGCUAAGCGGUCAACGCGGUUUAAUUAGAUUUCUGAACCUGUUGAAAAUUAUUGCACUCAAUAGGAGCAACAGACAGAGAUAAGUCUACUAAACGAUGCUUCUCUCUGCAAAACAAAGGGAGCAUAAUUUUUUCGUGUUUCGCAUUCUUUCUCAUUUUUCUCUGGCUGACAGCGCAUUCGCUCGCAAGCGAAUGUCAACUAGACAUGAUAAUGAUGAAGCUGAAGGUGAUGAAACGCGACAGGAGCCGUCCACAUCUGAUGAAUUGACGGCUUUUAUCCAUUAAUAUGCUGCUUAUUUGGACCGUCUUGUAAGUAGGUCUUAGUUUCGCUUUCAAAAUAAUGCAAAGAUAGAUUGGCAAUGCCAAUGGCAGCUUACUGGAGCCAUCUCAUGCCUUCCGGCUAGAGUCAUCCCCACUCAUGUGGUGGAUGAAUCAAUUAUAAUUCGUGCUUAAU